CAACCUCGAGGAAGAUACACCCCUUCCCGCUGUUGACAAUGAUGGAUCCAUUCCAUAAUGGCUCCAUUCCCAUCGUCACAAAGGGCCGGCCCACGUCCUACCUACGCAUGCUUCUCAAUGUCGUCGGCUGCCUACUCCUUACCCCCGCCUACUGGGCCGUCAGCGUCCACUGCAGAUACCCCGUCACCCUGGACCUCAUCCUGACCAUUGUCCUGACGGAGCUGAACCGGCUGGUAAACGAAGGCCGGAGACUGCAGUUUUACGAACAGGAGGAGCCGCCUGAACGGCCGCUGGCUUCUCCACGGGAUGAGAGGAGCGAUGACGGCUUUUACGAUGAGAAGAAAGUUGGCUUCUCGGUGACGGAGAUUGAGCCGCAGUCGAGACUGGACUCUAUGGCCGCUGUGGUGGGAUGGCGGGAGGAUCCUGCCUUGUUUGCGAGGGCGCUGCAGAGUUACAAGAGCGCGAAGCAUUGCAUGUUCAUGCUCGUUGGCAUUGAUGGAGAUGAGGCUGCCGAUCAGGACAUGGUUGACGUCUUCAACUACGUAUAUCCCACCCAGUCCAAGGUGAUUCACGUCCCUCAGCCACUGGGCGAGGUGGCAGAGCAGUUCAUCGCCAAGCACAUCUCGGUGUGCAAGCAAAACGGCCAGCCGGUCAACCUGGACGAGUGCUACGAGAUUGCCAUGCGGCACUGCUUUCAGCUGGCGCGGACCAUUCUGGAGCAGGAAAAGGUCGAUCUGGCGAGCGUGCGACACCUGUGCCUCCGCCAGCGACACAUGCACAAAAAGGGCGUCAUGUUUACGACGUUUGUCUUUGCGCUCGUCAUCGCCGACGUGCUGGGCGUCGAGUUCCUGUGGUCGUCGGACUCGGACACGCUCGUGUUCCCGGACUCGAUACACAAGACGGUGGACGCCAUCGCGCACGACCCGACGGUGGGCGGCGCCAGCUCGGGGCUGGUGGUGCACAACGGGUACGAGACGACGGUGACGAACCUGGCGGCGACGGUGUACUGGGGCGAGCUGUACCUGACGCGGUCGAUGCCGGCGUUUACGGCGACGAGCGACUGCCAGAGCGGGCCGAGCACGGUGUUCCGGCUGGCGGCGAUGCCGGCGAUCCUGAUCCCGUGGUACCUGCAGACGCUGAUGGGCAAGCGCAUGAUCAUCAACGAGGACCGGCACCUGACGACGAACCUGCUGCUGCGCGGCUGGGGCGUCGUCUUCGCGUCCGACGUGCUGGCGGCGACGGACACGCCGACGACGAUGGCGCGCUGGCUCAAGCAGCAGGUCCGGUGGGCGCGGGCGACGCACAUUGAGUCGCUGCUGCAGCCGCGCGUGUACCUGGUGACGCACCCGCUGCUCUUCUACAGCAUGAGCAAGCGCGAGCUGGGCCCCGUCAUCGCCUUUGUGGCGGCGCUGUGGUACUUCUUCACGGGCGAGCGGCUGAUCCUGGUGUUUGUGUCGGACGUGCUGGUGCGCAUCGCGGCCAGCGCGCUGUACAACCUGCUGCGCAACCCGCACCGGCUGGAGCGGGCGUCGCUGAAAUGGAUCGUGCCGGGCAUGUUCUUCUACCACCUGCCGCUGCCGGCAGUGCACGUCUGGAGCCUGCUGACGCUGACGGCGGACGGCUGGGGCACGAGCAUGCGCAACAGCAGCGAGCUGGCCAAGAAGGACAGCGCGCGGCAGGCCUGGUGGGAGACGGGCUUCUUCGUGGGCUGGAUGGGCGUCGUGGCGGGCAGCGUUGCGCGGUGGCUGGCGACGCACUGGGCGAUGCAGCGGCACGAGGUCUGGGGGGCCAUGGCGGUGAGCUUUGCGGCGGCUGCGUUUGUUGCGUGGAGGUGCACCAUCUACCAGCAGUCGUGA